GUGACACGCCAUGGUAAAUGUCCGUGUGUAGGCGAGUCACGUGUGGAGAGUCCGUUGAUCUUGUUUCGUUGAAGCAGUGAAUCUCUCCUGUUUGUUCAUUUGAUUUGGGCCCUAUUUCAUGUUGUUUUCAAAACAACACUUCGUGUAGGUUUAUCUAUCUUCGCCGAAGAAUGAGCGACAACGAUGAUAUCGAGGUCGACAGCGAUGAAGAAUCACCGAGAUAUCACUCUGUGGCAGACAAACGGGCACACCACAAUGCGCUGGAGCGCAAGCGUAGGGACCACAUCAAAGACAGCUUUCACAGCCUUCGGGAUUCUGUUCCCGCCUUGCAAGGGGAAAAGCAAUCUAUCAAACAGGCAUCCCGAGCUCAGAUCCUAGAUAAAGCCACAGAGUACAUACAGUACAUGCGACGGAAAAACCACACGCACCAGCAGGACAUCGAUGACCUGAAGCGGCAGAACGCUCUGCUGGAGCAACAAGUACGGGCACUGGAGAAAGUCAAGGGGACCACACAGCUUCAGUCCAACUAUUCUUCUUCAGACAGCAGCCUGUACACCAACCCCAAAGGCAGCGCUGUAUCCGCGUUCGACGGCGGUUCCGACUCGAGCUCAGAGUCCGAGCCGGAAGAACAGCGUUCCCGGAAGAAGCACCGCGGGGACGACAGCUAAAAAGCAGGUCCUCGACCUGCUCCACAAAGUUCUCCUUGAGGGGGGGAGGGAGAGCCACAGCAACCUGUUUUAGGUUUGUAGUUUUGUUUGUAUGUACCUUAUUCUCCCCAAAUCUUCUCGAUCAAUCUCCUCGGAUCCAAGCGUGAUGAAGAAACAUCCUUACAGGGUUACAAGAGCGAGGAACACCCAUUAUGGGACGAAGACUCACAAUUGAAAUUAUGCCUUGUUUUUCUCUCCCUCCCUUUCCCGCUCAGUUCGUCCAUCUUGUGUCUCGGCACACGCAACAACGAACAAUGAUUUUAAACCCAAAAUGAGGCAGCUUUGCAAUUUAAGGACUUGAUGCUUUUUUGUACCCUUGUCUACAAUCCCUCCAGGUGGAAUCCAAAGGGGUGAACAGAGAGGCGUACAGCUCAUAGCACUGCUAAAAUAUAUGUUUUUGUUGAAUAUCUUAAAGCCUGCUUAGAAUUUACCCUUAGCUGAGUUGUCCUGAGUGGUUUGCCUUUCUAAAUAUGUGCAACUUUUCCAUAAAGGAAUGUUCGCGUCUUUCGAUGUACCCCUAGGUAGACCUAUGGGAUGAGUGGUACACUUUGACAUUAAAAAAAUAACAUGCUUUAUGGGAAGGCUGCUGAGCUUGUGUUGUAUUUGUUGUUUAAGCCUGAUGCUGAUGUAGUAAAAGUUUACAGGUUGAAAAAACAUUUUUUUGUUUUAAAUGGGGGGUGAAAAGUGAUUUAUUUUGCAUCCAUCAUCCGAGCCUCCCAGAAUGAACUUUGUAUUUCACUCCAUAUUCGGAAUAUGAACGUUCCAAAACUUGUUUCCCCCACAAAGCUAGUCAAUAUUGAAAGAGUAGAUUCAUGUUGUGAUAAAUGUUUUAAAUGUUGAUUGGAAAUUUGACUGCAGCACACCACAAAAAAUUGCAUUGAGUGUAUAGGAGAUGUGAGUGUGCGUGUGUAUAUCUUUUAUCAUAUUUUCCACUUAGGACAUAAGUAAAACUGAGUAGGUCUUUCUUUGUCUAAUUCCAUUCCAUGGAAAUUACAGGUAUGUUGUACAUACUGCCAACAGUCGGCUUGCAAGUUGAGGCCUACCUUUACAAUAAGAAUAUAAAUAAAACUAUUUUAUCCUUUA